AUGUAUAACCUUUACUUGCAGUAUUGCCAAGAAAAUAACAUUCAAAACCCUGUUAAAGAGAGCUUUUAUAGAUUUAUUUUUACAACGCAAUUCAAUCUUCGUUUCAAACGGCCCCACACUGAUACAUGUACAAUAUGCGAUAUCCUUGAAAAUAAAAUCAAUAACGACAAUAAUCCUGAAGUAGUGAAUGAUAGUAAGAUCCAGAAAGAGAUUCAUUUACGAAAAGCUGAACAGGCUAGAUCAGCUAAAAAAGAUGUCAAGAAAUUGGACAAGGAUAAUCCAAAUACUGUAAAUGCAAUAUGUUUUGAUCUAGAAAAAACUCUCUCCACGCCUGUAUUAACUUGUAGUAAGGUCUUCUAUCUGAGACAACUGUGGACUUAUAAUUUUGCAAUACAUAAUCUUGCAAAUGAUCAAGCAUCAAUGUUUAUGUGGCACGAGGGUGAAGCGUCUAGGGGAUCCCAAGAAAUUGGAUCAUGCUUAUUGAGAUAUGUUCAGCAACUGCCUAAUUCAGUAGAACAUAUCAUCGCAUUUAGCGAUAACGCAGGCGGUCAAAAUAAAAAUAACAACAUUAUAAAAUUUUGGAGGCAUAUUGCUCAGACAACCUCCAUUUGUAGAAUUGACCACAAAUUUUUAAUUUCUGGUCACUCUUAUAUGGAGUUCGACCAAGAUUUCGGGCUUAUCGAGAAGUCAAAGAAGAAAAAUCAAUAUGUUUUUGUCCCGGAUGAUUGGAGCAAAAUAGUAGCUCAAGCUAGUCGAAAGUUUACUGUUGUACGAAUGAGAAAUGAAGAUUUUUUGUCAGUUGAACAGAUGAAAAAAGAGAUAAAAGACAGUAUUCCAGGGAUACGUAAUAUUCAGUGGUUUCGACUGGAAAAAGAUAAGCCCAAUAUUCUUCAAUACAAGAACACUUUGAAUGAGGAAAUGGAUUUUGUGCAUUUUGACCUUAGAAAACAGAAAAAAGGGCCGUCCAAAUACGCAAUUUGA